GAUCAGGAGUGCGUCGACAGCCGCGGCAAGGUCCGAUUCUUCCAAAGAAAAGGAAUGUGACACCCCACAGCAAGUGUUUCCAUACUAUGAAAGAACUCCUCUGGAGCUACCAGGCAAUUUCCCAGCUUCUGGUGUCGCUCCCCCCACUCUUCGAAACGGUGAUCAUUUGGAGAGGGCUCGAAACCAAAAUAUCAUACCGACUCAUGUAAAUCCAUUUGAAGUCGAGCUUAGCCCAAAUUCUGUGUAUUAUCCAACAUCUGCCACCCCGUCGAACAGGCUACACAGGACAUCACCUAGGGAGGCAUAUCUUCCGGGCACUGAGGUGCAGCAGGCCAACGACAGCACCUCGUUCGACUUCGGUUUUCCUAUACCAGAGAUGGAGAUGCAACCCACGGUUACGUUCCCCGAUGUUGUCGAGAUUUUCAUGCGCCAGCCAACACCACAGAGCGAUAGCAUGUUGAUCGAUACGGAACAAAGCAAUGCUGCAUCGCCAUUAAUCAAUGGUCACGAACUACAUGAUUCGGACGAGAAGAUGAACAUGCAGAUCGAUCAACCGGAGAGUUCUCAUCAUCAUGGUAGAGUUGCGACGCACGAGGUCUCAAGCGACUCCCGACAUCCACAAGCAGCAGGACCGGUUCAUACAUUCGAUCCCGCAUUUUCUCACAAAUCAGCCCCUCGUAGGAGAGCAGCAGGCCCCGCUCUACGCCCUUUAGAUACCGAGAACACAGACGCCGAGUCGGCCGGUAGCUACAACUGCAUGCCCAAGGAUCGCUCGAGACAAAGACGACGACCCAAUCCACGUACAUUGGCACCCAAAUCAUCACCUCUGGGGACUUCGAAGACCGCAUCCAGCCCGCAGUCGAGUAGAUCUACGCCCGACUCAGCAAGAACAGAACUGAGUUUCGCAUCUAAAGCUACUCAUAGCACUUCACCAAACUCAUCCAUAAUCACGACACAAUCCCUAGGCGCUGAGUCUCCAGCCACCCCUUUUACACCCUCAGAUAAUAAACUAACCUGCCGAGACUGUGGACAAGUAUUCAACACUCCAGGCCAGCAAAAAAAACACUACAAUCGCCAACACAAUCUCCGCUAUGUCUGCGACAUCCCCAGCUGCCUGCGCCCCUUCGGGGUAAGAGCUGAUCUCGAACGCCACGAACACACGGUACAUGCGGACUUAUUCCGCUCGAACAAGCGGUCCUGGUGUACUGUACCUGGUUGUCCGACGCCAAACAAGGAAUGGAAACGUAAGGACAACUUUGCGAGACAUGUAAGGAGCUGUGAGACGAGAGCGGCGGGUGUGGCGAGUGCUGAUAGGGGAAGUGCGAAAGGGAAAGAACGAGCUUUGGAUAUGGAAUGAAGUUCUUGCCUGCGCUAUCAGCAUGAUAGAUUAUAAAUAGCUUGAUGGUGAGGCUGAAAGCCACCUGCAGUCAUGAUUGGGCGGGUUCCCGUGCCAAGCGAUAUCAGUAUGCCUCGUGUAGUGCAGAGGAACCUUCAUAUAUCUGCAGUAAUACCACCGUCUCUCUUACUCUUCCCAUCUAUUUCUCUACAACGGGAAGAUCACACUCAGCAUCUCAUUGCCAUAUUUUGAAGCAGUCAUGCUCAAAGCCCAGAUCAUCGGUAUCGCUGUGGGCGUCACAGUACCUGUGGUCAUUGUGAUAUGUUAUGCAUUGUUAUUUUGGACAAAU